CCCAUGAACACCACUGGUCUCAGUGUCCGCCUCUCGUCGGACUUGGAAUUCAUAUAACAUUAUCCAAAGCGGCGGAUUGCACCAUGGAUGCUACUAUUAUUCAGAUAAUAUUCGGGGAGCUAGGGGACCUUAAUUGUAGUUUAGUAGAUGCUCUCCAAGACACUUUUUUGGGGAACGCUUCAUUGUCCUUGCUGAGCACUGAUGGUUUUUUUUGCAAUGCCACAACCGAUGAGAUUGGAACAUGCUGGCCGCGGAGCAGCACCGGGAGGAUUGUGGAGAGACCCUGCCCUGAGUACAUCAACGGAGUGAAGUACAACACAACCAGGAGUGCUUACAGGGAAUGCAUGGAUAAUGGGACGUGGGCGCUGAAGAGCAAUUACUCCAAUUGUGAACCUAUUUUGGAGGAGAAGAGAAAAUAUCCAAUGCAUUAUAAAGUAGCGCUGAUCAUCAACUACCUAGGUCACUGUAUCUCUGUGGGAGCUCUAGUCGUGGCCUUCGUUCUCUUCUUGUGCUUAAGGAGCAUACGAUGUCUUCGAAACAUCAUCCACUGGAACUUAAUCACCACCUUCAUACUGAGGAAUGUUAUGUGGUUUUUGCUUCAGUUGAUCGACCACAAUAUCCACGAGAGCAAUGAGCCUUGGUGUCGAUUAAUUACAACCAUUUACAAUUAUUUUGUGGUGACAAACUUCUUCUGGAUGUUUGUUGAGGGAUGCUACCUUCACACAGCCAUCGUAAUGACUUAUUCAACCGAUAAGCUCAGAAAGUGGGUCUUUCUUUUCAUCGGCUGGUGUAUUCCAUGCCCUAUAAUUAUUGCCUGGGCUAUAGGAAAGUUGUAUUACGAAAAUGAACAAUGUUGGUUUGGUAAAGAACCUGGGAAGUAUAUGGACUACAUUUACCAGGGACCAGUCAUUCUUGUGCUUUUGAUAAACUUUGUUUUCCUCUUCAACAUAGUAAGAAUUCUUAUGACCAAACUAAGGGCUUCAACCACGUCUGAAACGAUACAGUACAGAAAAGCCGUGAAGGCAACGCUCGUCUUGUUACCCCUGCUGGGCAUCACCUACAUGCUCUUCUUUGUAAAUCCGGGGGAGGACGACAUCUCACAAAUCGUUUUCGUUUAUUUCAACUCCUUUUUGCAGUCUUUUCAGGGGUUCUUUGUGUCUGUGUUUUACUGCUUUCUAAACGGAGAGGUACGUUCUGCAGUAAGGAAGCGAUGGCACCGUUGGCAGGACAACCAUGCCCUCCGAGUGCGAGUGGCACGAGCCAUGUCCAUCCCCACGUCUCCGACCCGGAUCAGCUUCCACAGCAUCAAACAGAACACAGCUGUGUGACCAGCACAUCAUCUCCACAACAACAUAUCAUGCUGUGUCUCAAUUCAAAUACUCUCCUCAGUACACUGCCAUGUCGUGCAAUGUGAACAUUGGCGCAGUGUGUGAAUUUAAUCCAUGUAGCUUAGUCUCAAACUGAACACGCUGCUGUGCUCUCACUGGGAGCGAUAAUCGCCUCUGUUAGUUAACCCAAUACAAUCAUGGUGUUCAACUGUAGUAUAGUGUUACAUGUAUUUAAUAUAAAAAAAAACCCACAUGUAUACAUUUUAUUUGUGUAGUGCUGUGUUGACCAAAGCAACCGCAAUUGCGACUGCUACUUUCAUUACGAGUGUCCAGCAUUUCUUUUGGAACAUUAUGAGUAAACAACUACUUUGUCUUGCUUUUCAUUGGUUUCCUUUGGCACCUAAAAUAGCACAUACAUUAUAUACAGAAGUACGCAACUUGACACAUAUCAUUGAUCUUUGUGUGGAGUACAAACAUUGAGGUGAUUUACAGAACAGACUUUUUCCUCCGACAAGGUCGUAGUGUGUCCAGUUUGACUGAAGAGCCAGUCAAUGUCUCCUGAAUGGUAAUAUCAAUUAAUCUAAAAGUAUACUUCAAUAGCACAUGGAGAUGUAUCUCCACUAACAAAUUGUACAUGUUACAGGUACAGGUUUAAAGCCUUUCUGGAAAGUAUUUAAACAAUGGCCUCAUGUAACUGUCACAUCACAGCAAGUCUUAUUUUAGCUUGUUUUCACUGUCAUCUUACUGCUUAGUGGUUGUGAGAGGAGCAAGAUAAUCUUAGAGGAUUUGCAGCAGGAUGCUUCAGCAGCUCAUGCACUUGUAGGCAUCUGCUCCAUUCUUACCUAGUCGGAGAGGUGCAUCGCUCAAACAUUAUUGCAAGUCUUCUUUAGAGAGAUGAAUAUCAAAAUGCUCCUUGAGUUAACUGUUUCUAAAACUAUGAAAGGAAGGCAUUUCAUUCAAAAGAGGCACUGUUCUCUCUUAUAAAAGGAUCAUUUAAAUGUUUCUUUUUGAUCAAUGUGGGAUGAUCAUUUUAUACAAACAAGC